CUAAGUAAAACAGCACAAAGAACUCAAGAUGACCAGCACGGUCAAGUACGACUGGUAUCAAUCGGAUACGAGUGUAACUGUUACAGUUUUGCUAAAAAAUGCUGCUGAAAAAAACUACUCCGUCACGCUCGAACAGAGCGAGGUUCAGCUCAAGGCGGACGGAAUCGAACCGAUAACAAUCAAACUAUGGGACGCCAUCAAUGUCGAGCAAAGUUCGUACAAAGCCACUCCUAGCAAGGUGGAAAUCAAGCUGGCGAAGCUUAUCGGCCAUCGUUGGGAAGCUAUGGAGCGACGGGAAGCAAUCAAAUCAGCAGAAGCGAGCGCGAAAAAGAAUCAGCACGAUUGGGAAAAGAUAACUAAGGAGAUCGAAAAACAGGAAGCGGAAGACAAACCACAGGGUGAAGAAGCAGUGCAGGACCUAUUCCGAAAAAUAUAUGCGGACGCAAACGAGGACACCAAAAAGGCUAUGAUGAAAUCGUUCUACGAAUCUGGUGGAACCGUCCUCAGCACCAAUUGGGCCGAAGUAGGUGCCAAGCCUGUGGACGUUAAGCCGCCAGAUGGUUGCGAGUUCAAAAAGUGGGAGUAACUCCCAAUCCUUCGCUUUUGGAAUAGUUUC